AAUUAAUUAUAUUUAUAUACAUAUAAUAUUAUAUCCUAUAGUGUUUACUGUUUAGUCUAUAGUAGACAUCGUACUCGCGUGUAUGAUAAUAUGGUCUGCAGAUUUUCCAAUAAUUCAUUAGUUCAUCACUCAAUGUCUUCUGGGAUACGCUGAAACACUCCGCACGUUGGACAUUAUUGCGUAUUAACAUUCGAUGUGUUAUCGUUAAAUCAGUUUGAAAAUCAUAACCUACCGUCAUUCAUUUGAAGUAAACUACCAAUAGUUUUAAAUCUGAUAAGUGAUUAGUGAUAACUAUAAGAAAUGAAACUAACUAGAAUAACAAGUUCAAAAUUCUUGUGGACUACCAAAUCCUGUACAACCCAGUAAGAUGUAUUCCUAGUAAAUUUGAGACUGAAAUGAAAAUUCCAUACGUACAGUAUUCUUAAACAAUUUAUUAUGUGUAUGCAAAAAAAAAAAGAUGAAUGCUUUAAAAAAUUCUUCAUGUAAUACUGAUCAAAAUCAAUUUUUGAAACCUGACAUAUGUGAAUCAAAAAGUUAUAGAAAUUUCUCUCAUAUGAUCAAAGUAUUUGAAGUCCUACAGUUAUUACGCGAAGAUGAAGUUUUUUGCGAUAUAAAGUUACAAGCAGAUGAUGGCACUGUACUAAAUGGACAUAAAGUUGUAUUAGUAUCUGUAAGCCCAUAUUUUCGAGCAAUGUUCACUUGUUUUAGUGAAAGUAACAAAAAUGUUGUUAAUAUAAGAAAUCUAGAUUCUACUGCUUUACAGCUGUUAUUGGAUUAUAUUUAUACUGGUGAAAUCAUAAUAAACCUAGAAAAUGUUCAGGUUUUGUUACCGGCUUCAAAUCUUUUACAGUUAGAGUUUGUAAGAGGUGCAUGUAUUGAAUUCUUACAAAAACAACUAAAUCCUUCAAAUUGUCUUGGUAUCAGAGCAUUUGCUGACUUUUAUAACUGUGCAGAAUUGUUGUCAAGUUCUGAAGCAUAUAUUAAAAAACAGUUUGUAAAAGUGAUUGAAGGUGAUGAGUUUUUAUCUUUAUCUUCUGAAGAACUGAUUUAUCUAAUUUCGAGUAAUGACCUUAAUGUUGCAUUUGAAGAAAAAGUAUAUGAAUGUGUAAUUAAUUGGGUAAAACAUGAAUUAGGUUGCAGGUAUGAUAGUUUACCUAGAUUAAUUAAACAUGUACGUUUACCAUUAGUAUCCUUAGAAUACAUAACAAAAAAAGUUGUUGAGGAACCUCUUUUUAAAAAUAUUCCUAAAUGUAAAGAUUAUAUUAAUGAAGCUUUAAACUUUCAUAAACUUAAGACACAACAGAUUAUUAUUAUUCCACAAACAAUUCAUUGUACACCUAGACUUUCUGGAUAUAAAGUUAUUCUUAUGUUUAAUUUAUCUCAAAAAACAAUGAAGUGUAAUACAAACUGGUAUGACCCUGCAACCAACUUAUUGCAAAUUGCAGUUGGAGUGGGUGAAUGUAACAGACCAUCUGGUCUAGCAAUAGUGACAAGUCAAUUUGUGUUUUCUUUGGGUAGUUUUUAUAUGUCAAAUUCUCGGUCUGUUGAAAUGUUUGAUUUAUUCUCAUAUUCACCCUGUUGGGUGCAAAUGGCUAACAUGUUAGUUUGUCGAUAUAAUUUAGGAGUUGGUGUUUUAGACAAUUGUAUAUAUGCUAUUGGUGGAUCUAAUGGUACAGGUAGUUUAAAUAGUGCCGAAGUUUUUGAUGUUAAUAUUAAAAAAUGGCGAAUGAUAUCUAAUAUGUCUACCAAGAGAAGUACUUUUAGUGUUGGAGUACUCGAUAAUUUAAUAUAUGCAGUAGGAGGUUAUAGCGGAUCAGAAAUUUUAAAAUCUGUUGAAUGUUAUGAUCCUAAUCUUGACACUUGGACGUCAGUUGCAGAAAUGUCAGUAGGUCGCUUUGGUGUUAGUAUUGGAGUUCUAGACGGUGUUAUGUAUGCUGUGGGUGGUAAUAAUGGAUCAGGACAUCUUAAAAAUGUCGAAGCUUAUAGACCAAGUACUGGAGUUUGGUCAUCUAUUGCUGAUAUGCACUUGUGCCGAUUCAAUCCUGGAGUAUUUGCAUUAAAUGGUUUAUUGUAUGUUAUUGGUGGAAAACGUGGAUCUACUUGUUUAAAUUCUGUAGAAAUUUACAACCCCAUCACAAAUACUUGGACCAUAGAAGCAUUGCCUAAAAGUUUUGAUCAAAUCAUUGGUGGAGUAGUGGUUGAUAGGUUACCUCAGUUUAGAAUAAAUUCGCAUAAAUGAUAUUGUUGUUUAUUUACA